AUGAAAUGCGUUAUUGAGAGGAACUUGUUUGAAGAGCGAUACCGCAUAAUGUGCAUUAGUAAAAAUCGUUUUAUUCCAAGAUGCACUCCGGAGUUCUUUCAACAGUGCCUUAUUUAGGAAAUAAGGAUUGUUAUCACUUUCAACUAUUUUCGUGAGUUAGCGCCGUUAUCUCAGAUUCCAUUGAUUUCACAUUUUAUACUAAAACUGAAACAGCUGCAGUACAAUACAACUUACGUAAAGGGCGAAUAUCUUUGUCGAAAACUCAAUGGUCAUUUGGCAGUUCCUAAUACAGCCGAAGAGUACAACUUUAUGGAGCAAAGUGACGUUUUUGAAAUUACUUUCACUGUUUAUUCGCAUCAAGGUCCUCUAGAAAAUAGUAAAGCGGACGCCGUUUGCGGGACAUAUGCUGCUUUUUUGACAAGCGUCACCUCAGAUGACGAAAGAGCUUUCUUCUUAGAGAGAUCAGUAUCCAAAAAAUUCUGGGUUGGGCUUUAUUGGAUCCCCCAUAACGUUUGGGAAUCAGUGGACGGAAAUAGAGUAGUAUAUAUUUCAAAGCAAAAGGAUCUCAUAGCAACAGAAGGCGGUUUCCGAUGUCUGUUGCGUACUAACUUACAGAACGAGACGUUCAGUUCAAAAAAGUUUUUGCAGUUUACGAGGACAAAUGCACAAAAUCAUGGAUUCGGGUUGGCAAGUACUGUUACACAACUGUUAGUCUUUGGUCAUAAGUCUUUGGAAGGACGAAUGUUAGACGUCGCGACGUUUGAAGAGGCAGUGGAGAUUUGCGCAGAAGAAGGAGCAUUUUUGCCAUCGAUCCCUGGCAAGUAUGAGGAAGAUGUCAUUUUUGCGAUGUCCCCGACCAGAUAUCUUUGGUUGGGACUUCUCUCUGAUACUGCUGCUCAAAUGAUGUGGAUGGAUGGCUCUAACACAUCUUAUGCUCUUUCAAAACUUCAAAGCAGCAGAUCAUCGAAGGUACGCUCCGAGUUCAGUAAAAUUGUCGGUGAUCGCAACAAAAAAAACUGGAUAGAUGUGGAGGGAACAGCGCACAAAGUUUCGGUCAUAUGCCAGUACGACAGUAUUGACAUUAACAAGUGCCCGCAACAUCCAAAUUUAGAGCCAUACUACAUGCAGCCACCCAAGAGCAUUUCUGUAGAUGGAGGAAAACAUUACUACUGUAUUUAUGAUUUCCAGGUUCACAAAACUCUUUUUAGCGGGCUGCCUGUAAGGAACGGUGAAGCGUCAUUCAUAGCUGUAGAAAAAUUUUGCCUUGACAAAGUUCAUGGUACUCAAAUUCAGCCAAGAAAUGAAGACGAAUUUAUAUUUUUUCAUGAGCUUUUUGAAAAAAAUGUUUCACUAAUUGCGCUCUCGCAGAGGACUGAUCAUUUGUGGCGCUACGGCGAAACAGAGCUGAGAACCAACAAUAACAGAAAAUUUUUGGCUUUUUUUGAUUCUCGAAAACCUAAGUCACUGAGAAAUACAUGGUAUUGGAUGGGCUUCCAAAAGUAUGAAGAUGCUUGGUACGCGGACGCUGGGAAUGAGCUGAAUGUAAGUUUUCAAACGGUUCGGACGAUUGACAAGAAAGGAGCUGUAUGCGCAGUCUAUAACCGCCUCCAGAACAGUGUUCUAGGUGUGGAAUGUGAAGAGGAGCAUCAGUUUUUUUGCGAAUAUACUAGUAUGGUUAAGUGGUCCAGAAAAAGGCUCAAACGAUUUGUUUGCAAACAACCUUAUAUUCCUGAAAACGAAAUGAUUACAUCUGAAAAGUUCAAGGAGCUUUUGUUUUUCGCAGAGCAAUCAGUUGAUGCCCCUUCAAAAAAUUUAAACUCGACAUUACCGACGGCGCUAGAACACCCUUUUCAGUUUUCGCAUAGCGUUCCUUGGGACGAAUCUGCCGAUUUUUGUCAGGUAGAACACGGCACAUUGGCUGUUUUCUCAUCCUACAAAACUUAUCUUCUUGUUCUCGGUAAUAAAAUCAAUAUUUCUUAGAC